AGCAACAUUUGAAAGGUGAAUAAUUGUGGGCAAGAGAUCUCCUAUAUUCAACAAAAUGGCAAGAAUCACAUUCUUCUUACUCGCUGCUGCAUUGUUGAUGUGUGCUACUGUUUUUGCAGAAGAGAGAGAGAAGAGGCUUAUAAUCGACAAAAUCACAGACAAAGUACUUGGAAAGAGAUGCAGUGAAGAUAGUGAUUGCGAUGUCAACCAAUGCUGUGUGCCACGUCACAUUCUUGGAAAGCGAUGCCGCAAUUUGCUGGACGAGGGAGACUACUGUGCAACCGGAUUCUUUCAGGCGGCUCUUGAUCGCAUCGUCCGAAGGUGUCCAUGCCAAAGCGGCCUAAGUUGCAAAUACAGAAGAAGCAUUGGGCUUUACAAAAUCUACAAAUGCCAACAAGAUAAUUAAACCUGCAUUCAAGCUCAUUGCUAAGAAGCCUGUUGGGAUGUGUCGCCUGGACAUGUAUUGAAAAUUUGUGCUAUAUUUUAUAUACGCUCAGAUGUAAAUGAAAAAUUGUCGUUUUGAA